UCGCGAGCUCCCUCGAUAAGACACGGUCAUAUAUCUUCCCUCGCCCUCGCCUGUCAAGGUAGGCGAGCCCUGGUCAUUAGCCAGUCAUUCCCUGCCCGGACCGUCGUGAUCUAGGACACGUCUCACUACCGGUCAUUUGGCUAGUAGACCUACAUCAGACAGGUGGUCAGUGCUAGAUCUACUCGUCAAUUCCUCUGGACUUAACUUGGACUAAUUCAUUCAGCACGAAUCCACUUGAUUAUAUCCCCUGAUCUUGUCGAGCGGGAACCUGCAGGCACAACGUCAAAUAUCAACUUGGAUUUUUUUUUUACCGCCAAGUUUAGCCCAUUUUGGACAGAAGACAGACCCAUUACAUCGAUGUGUUGAUUUAUUGCGUCAAGCACUAGACGAGCACGACGGUGCAAAUCUUCAAACCGUGUAGUUGAGGAGUUGCAUCUACACCUUCAACUUUCUCGUCUGAGUCAGAACUACUUUAAUAAACUGCUCCAGUCAACGCACUCAGAAGCUACAAAAAGUUACCAUGGAAACAUUGGUGUGACGUGGAGUUCUGUGAAGGUCCGUGACGUCAUCAAUGGUCCAUGACGUCAGCCCCGUCUAAAGGUCCGGUCCGUGCCAGCCGUCAGGUGACCUGACCCAUGUUGACAAGCACGCCGCUGUCGCUACUUACUUUCAUCAUGGAGAGCGUUCAGCAGCUAGACCCCAGUCUGCUCAAGUUCUGGGAGGGCUUCCCGUGCCCCCCGCCCUGGAAGGAGGAGCUCCUCUUUAGACUCAACUGGACAGGCUGUGUGGGGGUGGAUGUGGGUGAGAGGGUCAAGCUGUAUAUGGCAGACAAGUGCAACAUCCGGCACGACGGCAAGAAGAUCCUGCUGGAGCCCGGCGACGACAAGGAGGCGGGGGGCGUCAUGGUGGAGGAGGACUGUGCCCUCGCUUGCCAGCUCAUCAUUGGUGUCGUCUGCGUCCUGUUCCUCGUCUUGCUACUGGUGGUCGUCGUCUUCUGUGUGCGCAGACACAGGGCCAAGCCGUCCAGUCCCAGCCACCAGUCCUCACUGACCGCUCACCCCGACAACGCCAAGUACUACACCAGCUGUCACUACGCUUGUGCCCCCGUCGUCGGUCGGCAGUUACAGACGAGCCUAAAUGGUGACCGGCUAGAGACCAGCAUCCUGCCACCUGGUGCCAACAACGGCCACUACCAGCCCGGCAUGUACCCCCAGCACAACUGCCAGCAGAACUACCACCUAGCCCGACACCAGCCCCCGCGCAUGAUCAACACCCCCUACGGCCAGGUCCCCGCCCACACCUCCUCCCUGGUCGUCCCCCACCACCUCCGCUACUACCGCAAGCUGGACGGCGCCUACAGCUCCUCUAGCAUCUCCAACAGCGACCGCUCCCCCGUCUACGAGUCUAUCGGUGACGCCGACUCCGUCAGGGAGAGAGCCCGGGGACGGGAUGCGUCCAUGUCGGAGUGCGAGUUCUGCGACUGUGGCGGUGACCACGCCAGCGACCAGAGCGGGUACGUGGGCUACCAGGACCCUAUCAUCCUGGGGGAUAACGUGGGCCACAGGGCCGUCUACAUCGACAAGCAGGGCCGGGCCUACCACGACUCGGGCUCGCUCAUCUCCCCCCAGCCAGCGGAGGACCCCCCCGGGCCGUGUCCCCCCAUGUACAUGGACGGUUACUAUGGUGAUAAAUGCCCGCAGACGCUGCCCCUGAGGCCACUCCGAGGUCAAGGAAAGAGAGACGAGGCUGGACUGAAGGAAUACCCCGACAUUGAACACGAUGAAAUCUCUCCCUUGAAGAACCAACCGGAGGGGGAGGGCAAGUCUGAUGGCCCGACCAGACGCCGCCCCUCCUCGGGGAGCUGCUACAGCAACAACAGCUCCAUCUACAGGGAAGGUAACUACGGCGGGCAGAGGCGAGCCAUUCCAGCGCUACAUCCACACUACUUUGUUGCUUCCCCUGAUGAAAUUAGUUGACACGGUGUAGGGCGGGCGCUGAACAAGGGGGUGUUGCCACUGGCAGUGUGACACUGUGUCACUGGCAGUGUGACAGUCGGACACUUGUCACUGGGACAUUGGAUGAAUCCGUGGACAGUCUUGGAGAGAAUAUGGAAGGUCAAUAUGACCCAGGCAUCCUGUCACAAACGUUGAGACAGUCAGAAUUUCAGAAGGAGACAAUCAAAUGUAGAAUAUCUCGAGUUGUAACCUUUUUUUAAUACAGCAAUUUAAUUACGUCAGUGUACGAAUAAUUAUCUUAAUUAUGUGAACUUAUUCCAUACUGUGUAAUUAUAGUCACAUGAGUUAGUUGCUUCAUUGAAUUUCGGCCACACCGACCUCCUUGUACCAAUCAAAUCAAGGGACAUAACUUGAAUAAAACUAAAAUUCUCAAAUUUCUGAGUAACCUAACCUGAUUAUUGUUUCUGUAAAGUUAAUUAUUUUUAAAAAUAAAACUAGGUAGAUACUGAUAGAUUUUGAAGAUAUUGGCCAUUUAAUUGUUUGUAAAUUUUACUGGAUUGUAAAUAUUAAAAUGUAAAUCUCAAAUUAUUAUCCAAUAAAAAAUAGUUUGCUGUUCAACUGUUUAAAAUGUUAACUACUAAAAUAUGAUAAGCAUAUCAGUUGUUUUUUUUAAAUAAUAUUAAAUAAGAAUUUGACUAAUUUAAUUGUGUACAACAUUAUGUCUUAAAUUCUUUCAUGUUAAUGCCAAUUUCUAAGCCAAGAAUUGUAAUGUGCCAAAAUUUUGCAAUGCUGCAGGUAAUAGAAGCAACACUGUUCUGUGGUGUUCAAACUUAUCUACACUAGCUAAAUAUAGGACAUUAUUUUACUCUUUUCAAACAUGGGAUGUGAAAUGAACUACAGUAGUGAUACUUGUGGCGGCAUCAGUCAAUUGUUCACAUUUAGUUUGACGUGUGACACUUCACUAUUUAGGUGUCCUUGUUUUUAUACACAUUUUUUGUUUACAUUUGAUCACAUGACCACCAAAGCUCUUAACAUUUUUUUCUGCAUUGUAAACUGAAUGAUGCAAUGGUGUAAAAACUAAUGCUUUGCCUUAUAAUUUCAAUUCCAGUUCAUGCAAUAUUGUAUAUUUUAUGUGACAGUUCUGUAUUUGAGUAGAGAAAUCAUGUUUUAGUUUUUUAAAUCACAUUACAUUAAGUAUCUAGA